AUGUCUCAAGAGGAGUUACAACAAGAACUAGAUGCAAUAGAUGCCAUAUAUCCCGAGUUUCUGGAGCGAUUGUCGGACACGCAAUGCAUGCUAAAAAUUCCAGAGCACGAAGCCGUUAGAGUCCACCUCUCGUUUCCCAGUGGCUAUCCCACGGAGGCUGCACCGCAGGUGUUAGAAGUUGACGGCGCUGGCGAUAAUAAACUGCUGCGAGAAGAGUUCGAAAAGAUCAUGAAAAGUGUUUGGAUAGGUGAUGUGUGCAUCUUUGACUUCCUGACAGAUGUAACGGAAGUGUUCUCCCAAUGGAGUGAAGAAGAUCUAUACCCUCAAACGCGAGAGACUUCUGACGAUUCUCUCGUCAACCAAUUGGAAAACCUGAAGCUCGAGAAAAUGCUGCAAGAAUUGGACGUAACCUGGUUUCAAAGCGAACCCGUGGUAGAUCGAGGUUCUACUUUUAUAGCAUUCACCACCCAAGUGUCAAGUGAAGACGAUGCCCGUCUGAAACUGGAUCAUCUACGCAUGGAUUCCAAGGUCAGUAGGUGCCAGCAUGUCAUGACAGCUUGGCGUAUUCACGGCCCGGGAAGUGUAACCUAUCAAGACUGUGACGAUGACGGAGAAACAGCGGCAGGCGGGAGACUAUUGCAUUUGUUGACGCUGAUGGACGCCUGGGACGUGGUCGUCGCAGUGGCCAGAUGGUUCACAGGCACGCACAUCGGUCCUGACCGAUUCAAACACAUCAAUUCCACUGCCCGCGAUGCAGUGUUGAAGGGUUCGUUCGUGGACGCCUCCAAGGGUGGGAAAAAGAAGAAAUGA